AUGCCGCUGGCUUGCCUUCCCACUAAUGCUGGGGAUACUGGGCUGCCAUCGCGGCCCCCGCUCUGCUCCUUGGCCUCCUGGGGGAGCGUAGCAAAGGCAGAGGACGGAUGCUUACUCCUGGGUGGAGACCUUUCAUCUACCAUGGCAGCAAGGCUUGUUCCAAACGUGUCUUCCAAAGAGGGAGAAUCUCAGUGCGAGGAGAAACAUGCGGUUCUGCUUAGUCCUGUGGGAAAACUCAAGAUAUCUGGGUGUGAAACAGGCUUACAUGAAAUAAAACUUCCAAAAAUGAGCGUGCUGCCAAGUGGCAGGGCAGAGUCCUCGGCCGCUUGCGAGGUGUGCGAAGGCGCGGAGGAGAUGACGGAGCCGCUGAAGCAGUGCACGGCCUGGCUGCGCGCCUACUUCUGCGAACCGGCGAGGAUGGCGAGCCUUCCCCUGCCGGCCUUCCACCACCCGCUGCUCCGGCGAGAUUCGUUCACCAGACAAGUGUUGUGGACCUUGUUGAGAGACGUGAAGUUUGGAGAGGCCGUUUCCUACAAGCAAUUAGCAGUCCUCGCAGGCAACAGCAGAGCAGCGAGAGCGGUGGGAGGAGCGAUGAGGAGCAAUCCUAUCCCGAUUAUCAUACCGUGCCACAGGGUGAUUUGCAGCAGCGGGCAGAGCGGCAACUACGGAGGAGGAAACCUUAUGAAAGAGUGGCUUUUGUCGCACGAGAAGCUCCAGAAAGAGAAGUUAGCAUAUUGAUGCAGCUCAGCCACGGCUGCUAACCAGCCAAGACGUACAACCGCGGAUACUUGGCUUAUAACAAGCUCUCAGAGCACCCGGCAGAGUUCAGAAAAAUGGUAAAUAUUUGAGUGACAUAUAAAUAUAAUGCAACAUCCGAAGUGAAAUGUGCGGUGGCACCGCUAUAUUAAAAAAGCGGGAUGCGUCCUGGGGGAUGCAGCUCGUCUGCCCUUUCUUGUUUUUACAUUUUACAGCAGAAUGACUACAGCGGUCCAGGCCUGUUGUGCGUGGAUUUUGUUCCCAUCUCCAGGCCUGUUUUGUUCUAUUUUUAAUGUCCAUUAAAGCAGGGAUAAGGGAGCGGGAGGGACGUGGCAAAUGUGAGGUGCAAGCCUCCCCCCGAGGAAGCAGCUGGCUGGUC